AUGGCUACAGUGUAUCAGGUGUUUCUCUUAACUUCUGGCGGGAAUGGGAAUGCCAGCAUGAGAAAAGCUGUGAAAAACGUUCCUGUACUUAUUGUUGGCCAUCACAUUCUCUAUGGUAAAGAAGUGAAAAUGGAAAAACCGUUUGCUGUUCUGGAGAAACACAUUCUGGACACAGAAAGUCAUAAUGAUGAGAAAGGUGCGGUUGAUGAUUUUCAUGCCGAAUAUAUUGUGAAAGCUGUCAUUAAGAAAAAACUUCUGUUCAAGACUCGACCUAAACCUAUCAUUGCAAAUGUCCCUAAAAUUGUAUAAAUUUGUAUGUAUUAUUAUAUGUUAUUAAAUAUCAAAUAAGAGAUGUAUGAUUUUUGAAAAACCAAAGGUUUUAAUGAAAAUUGUGCUUAUAUUAUGUGAGGUUGUAUGUUGUGCUGUAUGUGUACAAAAAGUGUAAAGAUAAAAAUUUGUAUUUCUGGGUAAAUUUGGAAACUUUUUGAGUACAUUUCUUUAGCUUCUAAUUUGGUAUCACUUCCCAACUGUUAUAUUACAGUCGGCAAGUACAUUUUCCCUGGAAAAAGAUCAUAAAAACGUUUUGGGGGGUAUGUUAUCUGUACCCAGGCACAAGUUAAAACCCUCCAAGUUCUAACCCUGAGCUUACUCCGGGAGGCCUGGAAAACUGGUAUUUUUUCUGACAUUUCUUUAUACCUCUUCCUUAGGUCCUGAAGAAAAAUGAUUCCAUUCAAUUGUAAAGGAUAAUAUUUCCUACUACAAUGUUUAUAGGAAACCUCUUUUUCAAAACCAAGUAGCAAGCAAGUUACAUCUUUUUUAAAAAAAUGCUCUUUUUUUGUUUGAAAUUUGGGGGUAUUGUACACGAAGCUCUCUG